AUGUCUGAUAUCAAGAAGUACCAGCUUGGAGACUUCGCCCUUCAAAGUGGUGGCUCAUUGCCAGGAGCAUGGAUCGCAUAUAAGACAUUUGGCGACCCAUCCCUUCCAGCGGUUGUCUAUCCUACCUGGUACUCCGGCGCUAUUGCGGACAACGAAUGGCUAGUGGGAGACGACAAGACCUUGAACCCGAAAGACUAUUUCAUCAUCAUUCCGGCCCUGUUCGGCAACGGACAGUCCGUCAGCCCUUCCAACUCAGACAUCAAUCCAUUUCCCGACGUGUCUUUCUUCGAUAACGUGAAGGCGCAAUACGAAUUGGUUACCAAGGAACUCAAGAUCACCCAUCUCAGAGCCGUUCUAGGAUGGUCUAUGGGCGCGGCUCAAUCUUUCCAAUGGGCGACGCAAUAUCCCGACUUCUUGGAUAUCGCAGUCCCAUUUUGUGGCGCCGCGAAGUGCGCCCUACACAAUCAAGUUUUCUUGGAGGGCGUCAAGUCGGCGCUUCUCGCGGCAAAGAAGACCAGCUCAGCCGGCAGUACAUUAGGACGCAUUGCAUCAACCGGGGACAAGUCUGCCAGGGUCUGGUCAGACGAGGAGAAGCAAGUUGGCCUGAAAGCUUUUGGUCGCGGGUACGCCGGAUGGGGCUUUUCCCAAGCAUUUUACCGACAUGAGCUGCACAAAAAGUUUUACGGAGCCAAGGAUCUCGAGGACUUCAUGCAAUCGUUUUGGGAGAAGUGGGCUCUUAGCAAGGACCCGGAGAACUUGCUUGUCAUGAUUCACACGUGGCAAAGUGCCGAUGUGAGCAAUCAAGAGCCAUACAAUGGCGAUUUCAAGAAGGCCAUGGCGAGCAUCAAGGCUAAAACUUUGGUGCUGCCCUCCAAGACUGAUCUCUACUUUCCGCCCGAGGACUCUGAGUAUGAGGUCGAGUGUAUGAGUGAAGGCGUCGGUGAACUGGCUGUUUACCCUUCCAUUUGGGGCCAUUGGGCUGGAGGGCCCCCGGGGAACUUUGAAGAUGUCAAGUGGCUAGACGACAAGCUGAAGAACAUCUUCGCUAUAGCGCCAAAGAGGAGUUAA